GCCGUCCGCCGCCCCCAUCCGUGCCGUGCUCGCCGUCGUCUCUUCAAGGUUCCGCCGCCUCAACGGGAAGCUCCGUCGCCGUCGGCAGUUUGUCACUCUUCAGGUCGCUUCUGAUGGAACACGCAUCCUUCGGAGAUCAACGGAAUGCCACAUUUUCUCUAGCUGAGGAGGAUCAUACACUUGCAAAUGCCCUCAGAUUUACCUUGAAUCAAGAUCCACGGGUAAUAUUUUGUGGUUAUAGCAUUCCUCAUCCUUCGGAAGCCCGGGUUAAUAUUAGAGUUCAAACGACAGGUGAGCCAGCAAGAGAGGUAUUGAAAGAUUCAUGCCAAGAUCUGAUGCUGAUGUGUCAACACAUAAGGGGCACAUUCGACAAAGCUGUCAAUGAUUUUAGAACGACAAAUCCUCCUGAUAAUCAUCCUUCCCAGGACAUGGACUCAGAUUAAUCGUGAAUUUGGUGUUGCAGCUUUUGAUUUAUUAGGCCUCCUCAUUCUAUGUUCACUCGGCUUUUUCAAAGAAUGGCCUCUAUCAAGUUCUUCUCUGCAGAAAAAUAUUGCACUGAUAUUUUUAAGUAAACUGUUUGUGAGUACUUGGGAAGCCAUUCGGCAUCAUUAUAUCGAUCAUAUGUGAAGACCUACUCAGCAUCAAUGGCAGAAUUGAAGACGAGGAUAUCGAUGUCCGGGUCAUAUUUCUGCUCUCUAUAGUUUUUUGGGGAAAACAAAUCAUUCUUUUCUAUGUAACCGCUCGUUUUUUGAUUCUGCACAUUCUUCUAUGAUAUUUCCAUGGAGUCGUUCAUCGAGAGAAUACGCAUGUAGGGCUUGCCAGUGCGCUCAUACUAGCUUCCAUGUAACUGGUUCUUUGUCAACAUGCAUUGGUGCUCAUUCUCUGG